CGUUAACGGAGACGAAAAAAGAAUGCUUGCAUAUAAACGCAAAAUCUGUUGGUAUUUCCUGGCAAGAAACAAAUUCAUCUUCCUCUUUUGUAUCGCUGCAAUUACUGUGUUUCAUCGAUCGAUCAUUCAAUCGACGGCAGUGAUGGAUACAUUCUACAUAUCGCACGGGUCGCCGACACUCGCCAUCGACGAAGCGGCGGAGGCGAGGGUUUUCUUGCAAUCAUGGGAAAAGAAAGGGCUCAGUCCCAGACCUAAAUCGAUUCUGGUAAUUUCUGGUCAUUGGGAGACCAAGGUCCCCACCGUCAACGUUAUCAGAGGCAACCACGACACCAUCCACGAUUUCUAUGGCUUCCCUCAACAGAUGUACCAGCUGAAGUAUCCAGCACCAGGGGCGCCUGAACUAGCAAUGAGGGUGAAGGAACUGCUCAUGGCAUCUGGGUUUAAGAAGGUCGAUGAAGAUAAAAAGCGUGGGCUUGACCAUGGUGCAUGGGUACCACUGAUGCUCAUGUUUCCUGAGGCUGAUAUUCCUGUGUGCCAACUCUCUUUACAGACAGACAAGGACGGGACUUACCAUUACAACAUUGGGAAGGCAUUGGCUCCUCUCAGAGAGGAAGGUAUCCUCAUCAUGGGUUCUGGAAGUGCUACUCACAACUUAAGGGACCUUCGAUUUGGAAGCAAGUCUGUCUCUUCUUGGGCUUUGGAGUUUGAUACCUGGCUCAAAGACGCUCUCCUGCAAGGAAGGUUCGAAGAUGUGAACCACUAUGAAGAGAAAGCACCUCAUGCGAAAAAAGCUCACCCUUCCCCUGACCACUUCUAUCCCUUGCAUGUAGCUAUGGGUGCUGCUGGUGAAAAAGCAAAGGCAAAACUCAUCCACCAUAGCUGGGAACUUGGUACCCUUUCUUAUGCAUCUUAUCAAUUUGCCACAAACAAAUAAUAUUCAGACUUUAGAGAAUAGAGAUGUGUUCUGCAGCAACUGUAAUUUAUGCAUUGUUAAGUGCGUGCUUCCAUGUGAAGGCUGUAAAAUAAAGGGUUGAACGAUGUUGUUAGUAUGUAUGUAUGGUUGCAUUCAGUACCAUGGAUUCAUAUGGAGUUGAACUCCUUUUACUUCCCUUGAUUGAAUAUCAGAACUUGAGAUAUAUUAAUAUUUGGUUUGUCUGCUUGAAAGCCUGAA